CCGCUUGUCUUCAAUGAAGACAAGGAAAGAACUACGAAGACGCCGCUGUCUUCAAGCUCGCGUUCAUGUUCAUUUCUUUACGUAUGUUUAUUUAGUACAAGAAACUGAAUCAUUAUUGGUAGUGCUUUGUGGCUGCUCGUGGAAUUUCGCCACAGAUCUGAGAUCAAGAGUGUCGGGCGUUGUGGUUGUGUGAAAAUGUGUGCAAAAGGUGUGAUGGAAGAUUUCGAGGAAGAACUUGAUGGAACAAAAGACAAGAAUCGACAUGUGGAUGCUGUUUUCAAUGAAGCUCAAACUGUGUCACACAGGCCAGAUGUUCAUCCUGAGCAGCAAGAGUCCAAUGUCGAGCAGGAGGAGCCAGAGCCCCCCAGCGUUAAAGAAGAGCAGAGUCCUCCCAUUAAAGAGGAAGAGGAAGAACACAGCAUCAGUCUGGAGGAAGAGAACAUUGAUGAGGACCUUGUCACCAAAUUGACACUGACUGGUGACCAUGUGAAGAGUGAAGAUGAUUAUGAAGAAGAUGCCGACCACGGUGGAAUAUCCAAAGCAGAUGCCCUCCUUGCUCCUCACGGUGACAGUUCAAGGUCUGAUACUGAUCACGAUGGACAAUCUCAAGGUGAUUUGACAUGCACCACUAACAAGAAACCAUGCAGAUGCUCUCGUUGCAACAAAACCUUUUUCAACAAGUCAAAUCUAAAAAAACACAUGAGGGAACACACUGCGGAGAAGCCUUUUGCCUGCUCCGUUUACGAUAAAACCUUCAAGCGGAAAGGACAUUUGGAAAAACAUACAAAAAUACACACUGUGGAGAAAAACUUUACCUGCUUAGUUUGUGGUAAAAGAUUCUCUUUAAAGGGAAACUUGGUACGACACUCAAGAACACACACUGUGACACAUUUAGGAACACAAAAAAGAACACACACUGUGGAGGAUUCUUUUGCUUGCUCAGUUUGUGGUCAAAUAUUUGCCCGAAAAACAAGUUUAUUGAGACACAUAAGAACACACACUGGGGAAAGACCUUUUUCCUGCUCGGUUUGCGGUAAAUGCUUCACAAUGAAUUCCGAUUUAACGAGACACAGAAAAACCCACACUGGAGCAAAACCGUUUGCCUGCUCAGUUUGCGGUAAAAGAUACACUUGGAAUAAAGAUUUAAUAAGGCACACAAGAACGCAUACUGGGGAGAAACCUUUUGCUUGCACAGUUUGUGGUAAAAGUUUCUCUAUGAAGAUAGAUUUAAUACAACACUCAAAAACACACACUGGAGAGAAACCUUUUGCCUGCUUAGUUUGUGGAAAAAGAUUCACUAUGAAGUCUGAUUUAAUAAGGCACAAAAGAACACACACUAGGAAAAAAACCUUGAUGGGUUCAGUUUACAGCAUAAAUUCUGAAAUGGAAGCGCUCUGUCCUGAGAAACAGGAGAAAAUGUUUUCCCACGUAAAGGAGAAGUCAGAGCCUGCAAACAUUCGAGAGGAGACUGAGAAGCCACCCCACAUUAAAGAGGAAGAGGAGGAGGAUGAUAUCACCAAGUUGCUAAUUACCGUUGUCCCUUUGAAGAGCGAAGGUGACGAAGACAGUGGUCAAAGUGAGGAAAACAGAGAAUCAGAGACUCCGGGCUGCAGUUCAGGUCAACGCGUUACAACAGAAGGUGAUGGAGACCAUCGUGGAGGAUCACAAGGGAACAACCACUUGGCUCCGCUAUCAGAGAGUGACGACAUAACGUCACGCUCCUCUGACACUGAUGAUGAUAAACACACCAAAAGUCACGCUGACACCAAACGCUCCAAAUGUUCUCAGUGUGACAAAACUUUUGCCACCAAAUCAACGUUGAAAAGACACAUGAGAACACACACUGGGGAGAAACCUUUUGCCUGUGCAUUUUGUGGUAAAAGAUUUACUGGCAAGACAAAUUUAAUAACACACACAAGUAAGCAUACUGGGGAGAAACCUUUUGCCUGCUCAGUUUGUGAUGAAAGAUUUACUUAUAAAGAACAAUUAGGAAGACACACUAUAACACACACUGGAGAGAAACCUUUUGCUUGUUCUGUUUGCGGCAAAAUAUUCACGUGGAAGGUCGAUUUUAGAAGGCACACAAGAGCACACACCGGUGAGAGACCUUUUGCCUGCUCGGUUUGUGAUAAAACAUUCUCGAGGAAGUCGAGUUUAAUCAGACACACAAGAACACACACUGGGGAGAGACCUUUUGCCUGCUCAGUUUGUGGUCAGAGGUUCACUCAGAAGGCACAUUUAGUAACUCAUGCAAGUACACACGCAGGUUCUCCAAAGCGACACCUUUUGCCUGCACUUAAAUUGACUAUACAGCAUUAGUUGAACACAUUCAUACUCUGUGUGUGUGAUAAAAUAUUUUUCAAAGGCACAAUUAAUGAGAAAUUUGUGCUGUUAAGAAGAGUAGCUGUAAAUGAUCUCUAAAUGUUGAUCUUUGGGUCUUUGUGGUACAAUGGAAAAGUGUAUGUUGUCCUGAAUAAAAUAAUGUGCAACUCUUCAAACAG